AUGAAUCACACUAAUGGUUUCGAUUUCUUUGGAGAGCUACCACAAGAAAUCAUCAUAGAUAUAAUCUCCAGACUUCCGAUCGGUAGCAUUCUCCGCUCCAAGCUUGCGUCCAAGGCAUGCCGCGACGCGGUCAAGUCCCUAGAGUUCGCAGACUCCCAUCUCUCUAAACACGAACACAAACACAAACACGACACUUUCUUCGUAUACACCACCGAUGCAAUGCUCUACGAACACAAGUACGACACUUUCUUCGUAGGUGGAAAGUCAUCAUACAAAAUCCUUGAAAUAGAAGAGGAUGAAACCACCACCACCACCAUGUGCCCCGGGCACGCGUUGUCAGAGUAUAAGCCCCUCAAACAUAGCUCCCCGGUGAACGGCCUAAUCUUGCUGUUUAGCCCGCAAUCGCAAAGCCUUUCCAUAUGCAAUCCAGUCACUCGUGAGUACGUGAGAGUCGCCAUCCCUCCGCCUCCUCCGGGGUAUAUUAGUCCCCUAUCCAUGAUUGUCAGCGAUCCGACCACCGGUAAAUCCAUGCAUGUCCCCGUUCCUCCGGUGGAGUGUGGAGAUGUUAAUUACGGAUUCGGGGUGAGCAGAGAAACCAAGCAAUAUAAAAUAGUUUGGAUCUUCCGUCAUCACGAAUGUCUAGUAUACACUCUAGGGACAGGACAAUGGAGGGUGGGCCCGAGCCCACCCAAAAUCCGUGGUCAAAACAAAUGUGCAUCCGCGGGCGGGAAGCUUUACUGGCUGCAUGAUUGUAAGAAAGUUCGUUCCUUCGAUCUAGAAACAGAGGUUUUUACAAGAUUCGCGGCUCCGCCUCAAUAUCUAAAGCAUUGUUACAAGAGGAGACUAUGUGUUUUGGAGGAUUGUUUGUGUGUAUGUGAUUAUGAUGAUGAAGACAAUAUCCUAAUAUGGAUGAUGAGUGGAGAAGAAGGAGAAUGGAGUCUGGAAUUUAUGAUACCUAAGGAUAAGGAUGAGAGAGGUAUGUCUCCCAUAUUCAAAGUGUUGGGUGACAUAAUAUUGUUGGGUGACAUAAUCUUGAAGGAUCCCAACACCACAACUAAUCAAAUUAGCCAUGAUUUUGGCUUUUUCAAUGAAGAAACCAUUGCAUACCUUUACAACCUUGUCUGA